ACGUUUUGACUUGAACCAACUCAAAUAUUUUAUCCACACCCCACUCACACUCCUUGAAGAUUAAAUUAUUCCAAAUUGCUACAUAGGAAAUGGGUGUGAAAUAGAGAGAUCCAUCAUCUUCUAAAACACUCUACUCUCACUCAUCUUGGUUCAGUUCAAUAUAGAGACCCAUAACAGAAAUUCACUGCACACUCUAAAAAUGGGUAGCAGGUCAUGGUUGAGCCUCACCGCGUGGCGCAACUGGAGUUUCCGCCACUCCUUCUCCUCCACCGGCCUCAAAUCCACAACCACCGAUCUCGGCGGCGGCACCGUCAUGCACUGCUGGGUUCCAAAAUCGCACAACCCUUCCAAGCCAUCCCUUCUCCUCAUCCACGGCAUCGGAGCCAACGCAAUGUGGCAGUGGGGCCCAUUCAUCUCCCCCCUCGCGCGCCACUUCAAUCUCUUCAUCCCCGACCUGCUCUUCUUCGGCGACUCCCACUCGACCCGACCCGACAGGUCCGAGCGGUUUCAGGCCGAGUGCGUCAUGGCCGUCCUGGAGGCUCACGGCGUCCGGAAGGUCAGUGUGGUUGGGCUCAGCUACGGCGGCUUCGUGGCGUACAGCAUGGCGGCGGUGUUCCCGGAGAGCGUGGAGAAGGUGGUGCUCAUCUGUGCCGGAGUGUCGUUGGAGGAUAGAGACAUGGAGGAAGGGAUGUUUCAGGUGAAAUCUGUUGACGAGGCGGUUGAGGUCUUGCUGCCGCGGACGCCGGAGAUGGUUAAGCAGCUGGUGCAGCUCACGUUUGUCAAGCCUAUCAAAGUCUUACCCAAUUGUUUUCUCAAUGAUUUCAUUGAAGUGAUGUGUACAGAAUACCGGCAAGAGAAGAAAGAAUUAAUCCAAGCACUGCAUAAGGAUAGAAAAUUGUCAAAUCUUCCUAAGAUAACCCAGCCUAUGCAAAUUAUAUGGGGAGAACAGGACUUGGUAUUCCCACUAGAAUUAGCUCACAGACUGAAAAGGCAUGUGGGAGAGAAGGCAGAACUGGUGAUCAUUAAGAAUGCAGGGCAUGCACUUAAUGUAGAGAAACCCAAGGAGCUGUACAAGAAUAUAAAAUCCUUCCUCAUUGAUCCCUUGAUUUCAUCUAAACAAGAAAACCACAGCAAUGGUCACAUGGUGGACCAGGAAGCUUAAACUCCUGAUAAUUAGAAGAAAAUAAUUCCUUCAGCCUUAUGGAUAUGUAUUCUAUGUCGACAAUUGAGCGGUGACGUACAUCCAUAUUCUUGCAGGGUGAGUUGAUCAGCAAUGUUUCUUCAACAUGGGAAAGGCACGGUUUGGGGCAUGAUGAUAAGGAUGAUAAGGCACUUGUUUUAACUUCAGUUGCAGCUGGUCUUCUCUCUUGUUUUUGUUAUUUUCUGUCGAAUGAAAGGCACGGUGUGCUUCUGUUGUCCUUAAGUUCAUGGCUUCCUGCUCUUUCCUCUCCUGCAAGUUUACUCCUGGGCCUAUAUGUCAAAUGAGAGUUUAAUAUGGAUUUGUAGGUAUGCUCACAAGUUGGCUUAUAUUUUUCCAAAAGGGAUCAAUCUAAGAGGCUCCAUUGUUGUCUCAAUUAAGGUGUUGGAUUGUGUAGGAAGGGAGCGUGGCCUGAUCAAAGGUUCAGUUGGACAUGAAUGAUCCAGCUCUGGUGUGCUUAGAUGGAUUUGAAGGAUUGGGGAGGUGAUCACUAUUAUUGCAACCACAAUCCCACCAAGAUAUAGUACAUACAAAAUCUCAG